CAGUGCAACCAUCAUCAAUCGUAUCGUGUCGAUCUUAUCAUUUCAAGCUUAAAAAGUUCAAGAACCGCAAAAAGUUGUUCAAUAAGAUUAUAUUAUAAUAUGUUUAAACAUGAAUUUUAUCCUAUCGCAACGCUUAUUGCUGUCCUUAGUAUUUUCUGUACCAAAGUAAUUGGUCAUGGAAUGCUUUUAGAUCCUGUUAGUCGUUCAUCUAGAUGGCGAGUUGAUUCAUCAGCCCGGGCCAAUUACGAUGAUAACGGGCUCUUUUGUGGAGGAUUCAGUGUAAUGUGGGGUAGAAAUGGUGGUAAAUGUGGAUUGUGUGGAGAUGAUUACAGUAAACCAACACCUCGUCCCAAUGAACUGGGUGGAACCUAUGGACAGGGAAUAAUUACCAAACGCUACGUUAAUCAAUUCCAGGCCGAUUUGGGCAUACGAAUCACGGCAAACCACUUGGGUUUCUUCUACUUCAAUAUUUGCAACUUGGACGAGUUUGGUGAAGAAUCUGAGGCUUGUUUUAACAAAAAUCGCGUUCUCUUGGCUGAUCGCAGUGAUAAGUUGUAUAUUGGUAGUAAGACCGGAUGGGUAAAUGCAACAAUAAUUCUUCCCCCAGGAUUAAAUUGUAAGCACUGUGUUUUGAGAUGGAGCUAUCAAGCAGGUAAUAAUUGGGGUUAUUGCGAAGAUGGCAGUGGUGCUACGGGUUGUGGACCGCAGGAGAACUUUAAAGGUUGCUCUGAUAUAAGUAUAAUUGCACCACGUUCACGAAACUCAGCUGUGUCAGUGGAACUUUCAGACACAAUUUUAAAUUCUGUGGAAGAUGUUGACGAUGCUCCAAUAGUUGGAAAUAUCAAUGAUGCACUACCAGUUGAGCCUGUUGAUGAUGCACUAACUGAGCCUGUCGAAGGUUCACCAGUUAAGCCUGCUGGUGAGGCUUAGACUUUUAUGUUGGAUUCAAAUGUGUGUUUUGAAAAAGUACAUACUUAUGUAUAUUUGUAUUAUAUGAUCACCAUUUAUGUUUAAUAAACGAGUUCAAAAAUUGAAA